AUGGGCUGCAACCAAUCUAAGGUGAAUAACGUCGUUGUCGAGCCGAUCACCGCACCCCCGUCCGAGUGCGGCAAGGCCUCGAUGGAUCUCGGCUUCACCGAGAUCAUUAUCGAUGACCAUGAAGAGACGAGUAGCAGCAUCCCUCCCGCGCCUGUCAAGGAGGAGGUCGAAGAAGAGGAGCAACAUGUCGCUCCCGUUGAAGAAGAACCGACCGGGCAGCCGCCCGUCGAUGUUGAAGAGCCUGCCGCGGUGCAAGAGUCCGACAUGGUACAAGAGCCCGUCGCGGUUGCACAGGCCGUCACGGUUGAUGAGCCCGUCGCGGCUGAACAGGCCGUCACGGUUGAACCGCCCGCUGUCGCCGAAGCAGAAGUAGUUGAAGAACCGUCCGUCGAUACGAAAGAAGACCCGGUAGAUCCCGAGGUAGAGUCCGAGGACACCGUCGAGGUGCAGGUGGAGAAGUCCGCUACCUCGGUCGUGGAGAAGUCGGCUGUGACGAGCGUGAAUGCCCCCGUCUGGACGUUUACUGCCGACAAAGUCUCAUUCACCAUCGGCGUGGCCUUCUUCAACAUCGCCGGCUCCAACACGGAGGGCGACGAGGUGUAUCUGACCAAGCGAUACUCCGACUUCAAGCUGCUGCACACCGAGAUGGCCAAGCUCAUGACCAGAGAGGAAUUGCCCCGUAUGCCCGGCACUUCGUUCUUACAAGGUCGCAACGAUAAGGCGCUAUUGCAGGAACGCGAGACGGUCUUCGUUGAGAUGCUCAACGCCAUCGCAAAGCAUCCUGAGGCCUCACAAUCCGCUCCGUUCGCUGCGUUCCUGGGGGCGUAG